AUGGCAAACAACUCUGAAGAUCCUGCAAUUUUGGCACAUCAAUGUUACUUAAAAAAGGAUUACGCCUCCGCUUUACAACAUCUAAAUGAAUUGGAAAAUCUUGUUGGAAACGAUGUUGUGUUACUUAAACGUAUACACCAUAACAAGGCUGUAGUAGAACUAGCUGCAAGUGACAUGAAAAACAUCGAUAAGUUUCAAAAUUCUAUAACUGAAUGUGUCGGUGUUAAAUAUCCAGAUGAGGAACUCGAGGGAACGGCUUCACCUUUUGCGAUUUACAACUAUGCCGUCCUUUUGUAUCACUCCAGAUACUAUUACCAAAGUACAGUUAUACUAGAAAAGUUGCUGUUAUCAAAGACAAUCAAGGACAAAACAUUACUACAUCAUGCCUUAAUUCUCUUAUUAGAAUGUACAUUGUGCAGACGGUCUUAUGAAAAAACGAUAGAAAUAGCCAAUUGUUAUGGUGACACAUUUAAACCAAAUGAUGACCUAAAUAAUGUCUAUCAACGGCUUGUCUGCAGAGCACAAGUUUUUCUAGGACAAAAGUUUACAUUGAAACCAGACUCAAUAGAAAAUAUUGUAAUAAUAGCACAACAACAAUAUGUAAGUGGUAACAUUAAUGAAUCUGCAGAUACACUUGGGAUGUAUAAAGUUAUAAAGACAACUUAUAAUACUAGGAGUGAAGGUGAAGAUAUAUGGGCUGCAAUUAAUAAUAAUCUAGGUGUUAUCUUUUUGUCAAUAAAAAAGCCAUAUUUAGCUGCAAAAUAUUUCCAAAACGCUUUAAAGGAACAUUUUAAGACACUGGAGGCUGAAGAUAUUCAGAGACUAAUUAUUUGUAAAGAUCGUCCAAUAUAUAUCUACAAUCUUGGCUUAGCUUUGUUAGCAACAAAAAAUAUAGAAGGUGCUUUUGAGUGCCUUGUAGAAGCUGCCAGACAUUAUCCAAACAAUCCCUUGGUUUGGGUACGGUUAGCCGAGUGCUGCAUCAAAAAAUGCUGCAAUGAUGAGGUACAGAAAUUUACUGUUAAAAAACUAGGAAGUGGAUCUCAUACAAGGGUUCUUGUUGCAAGAGAAAAAGAAAAGUACUCAUUAGCUGGUGAAUCAUUUGCAAUACCAUCUUUAUCUCUAGAAUUUGCAGCCCUCUGCUUGAGAAAUGCUAUAACUUUACUUCCAAAUGAGGAUGCCCCGAUUGAUGCAACACAUCCGUUUAUACAGGCUCCACCAGGGCCACCUAUUAAUUGGAAGCAGAGGUGUGAGUUGAAGAAUUCUAUUCAUGUCCUCCAAAGUUAUAUAUUUUUACAUCUCCAAGAUCCAUUGGCAGCUUUAGUUAGUGCCAAUGAAUUGUUAAGCCAAACAGAUGCAUUAAAAAGUCACAUAACUUGGGCACACAUAUAUGCUGCCGAAGCACUAAUAAUCCUUGAUAAGACUGUUGAAGCAAUAGAACAUUUACAGCCUACAAUAAUUCAGGAGCUUGUGUCUGGAUUUCCAGAUCAAAUGAGAGAUAUUAUUGGGGUUUCAGUAUGGGCUAAGGCAGCAGUGUGUAAUAUAUUAAGAGGUGACCUUUUACAGGCUAGAAAGAUUCUACAACAAAUAAGCUCAUCAAAAAUAUUGCCCUUACAAAUGAGGUGGAUAUUUUUAUUGGCAGCGGUCGUGGUAUCGAUACACUUUUCAAUAAUAAUAUUUAUGUUGAGCCCAAUAUAUGGGAUCAAGGGCAGUUUGUAUGGUGGCUAUUCGCACCUUGGAUUGCGGCAGCCAAGUGUCAGUUGGUGCAAAGAACUUAGAUUGCGAAUUCCACCCUCCUCUGUUGUCGCUCUUGUCUCCUACCCUGGCAGUGGAAACACUUGGCUGAGAUACCUUUUACAACAAGCAACUGGAAUAAUGACUGGUUCUAUUUAUAUGGACUAUGGAUUACGGGUGCAUGGAUUUCCAGCAGAGAAUGUUACUAACGGUUCAGUAUUAGUUGUAAAAACACAUGAAGGUCCACCCUCAGACAACAAAUUUCAAGCAGCUAUACUUCUAAUAAGGAACCCGAGAGAUGCAAUUCUAUUUGAGUAUCUUCUGAUUAAGGCAGAUUUCAACAGAAUACACAAGGGCCACAUUGGUACAGCGCCAAAAUCGGCAUUUAAGCGAAGAACUAGAGAGCAUAAGUCUGACUGGGCGACAUAUGUAUCUGUAGAGCUUGGAACAUGGGAGAAUACACACAAACUGUGGCUGACCAAGUUCUCUGGUGCCAUCUACAUUGUGCAUUAUGAAGUAUUAGUUCGAGACACAAAAAGAGUAUUGUAUGGGAUACUAAAUUUUCUCAAUUAUACAGUUACUGAGGAUGAUAUGAACUGUGCGUUAACCAACAAAGAAGGCAUAUAUCGAAGAAGGAAAAAGCACAAAGACUUUGAUCCGUUCACUCCAAAUAUGUAUGCAGCACUUCAAACCGUUCAACAAAGAGUAAUAUAUAUGAUCACAGAUUAUCAAAGAACUCACAAUCAAACUUAUUGA